UAUGCAAACGGAUACGCGUCUAGAUUUGUCCACCAUUAAUUGUGUUCGCUAAUUUCAACCAGUUUCUAACCUCUUCUCUUGUUGACAAUACGUGGAAAAUGGAUCAUGAUUCAUAUUUUUUUGAUUCUCAAUAUCAAGAUGAAAAUUUCUGUGGAGAGAAUCAAUAUUCUCAAUAUUCUGAAAAUGAAAAUGUUUGUGAAAUAGAGAAUCAAAAUGAAAUCGAUGGAGAUGCUUUGCUCAUUUCUUUGGUGCGUGAUUAUCCUUACAUAUAUAAUAAGGAACUGACUGAUUUCAAAGAUACUUUUAAAAAGCAGAAUGCCUGGACAGAAAUAGCAAGCAUUUUGAAUAUGACAGUGGACGAGUGUCAAUCACGAUGGACGCGAUUAAGAGAGCGAUACACAAGAGAAAAAAAACAAAGACAGGAAGAAACAACUACUGGAAGUGGAGCAUCAAAAAGGAAAACUUUUGAGUUUUUUAACAACAUGCAAUUUUUGGAUCCAUUCGUUAAGAAAAGAAGAACAAUGAUUAAUGUGCAACAUGCCAAAAGCUCUCCAUUGACAAAACGAUGUAUUUCUCUUCAAAAAAACUUUAACUUUAGUAACGAAAAAGAAAAUCUCUCUUUGGCGAAUGUGGCUACCUUACAACAGAAUUUUUCAAAAGUUAACAAUGCAGAAUUAUUGGAACAAAAUCGAUUUACAAGCUUAAGUGGCAGAAACGUUAAUGUAUCUCCUACAAAUACAACUACCUUACUUGAACAACAACAGUCUUUUACAGAAAUAAAUCAAGCAAAAAUAAAUCAAAGGUAAAUAUUUUUACAAGCAUUUUUAUUUAUGGCAUUUUUUAAAUAAAUUUUUUAUUUGUUUCAUUUAAAAAAAAUUUAUAUUUGUGUUUAGAGACUCAACUUCACUUUCACACAAAUCAAGCGACGCGGUAACAUCAUGCCAGUCUGAUGCUUCUUCAAUAUCAGUAUUAAGUGCCUCUGAUUAUGCGCGAAAGAAAGGUUUAAGUAGCCAAAUAAAAUCAAAAGGAAAAUCGCAGUCAGAUGUCGUAAAUGCAAUUUCUAAAGUUACAUCUUUACUAGAGAAUAAAUACUCUUCAAAAACUGCUUCAACUGUUUC